ACAAAGCCCAUAUAUUUGUUGAUUGUGAUUUAUUUACAUAGCCAAUCAAACUGUCGCGACAUUCUAUUUGCUAGAAAAUUUCACAAUACUUUGUGAUCCUCAAUUUUUAUUUGAAGUAAUGGAUUCCGUUUACUUGAAAAAGAUAUUGCUGAAAAAUUUGGAAGCUGAUAAAAAGUGCUACAUAUAUCUGCAUAGUGAAUGGAAUGAAAAGCAGCUGGUGAAAUUGUAUAUUAGGGACUCGUCUGCAACAAAUUGUUAUGAAGGAAAAGUAGAACCGAAAGAUUUUGAGGAAGCUGCAGAGGAACUUGACAUAUCGCUGGACGAAUAUCUAGGUGUGCUUAAGAAAGUGCUAACCACCGACAUUGGUUUGGGGGGAUUCGAAAUUGAGUUGGAUCGCGAAAAUAAAAUAAUGCGUGUGAAUAGAACAAAAGAUUUACACAUUAUGUAUGUGGAGAUACAAUUGAAGGAUGCUGAUAAAAAUUAUGAUAUGCUGGACAUUGCAUUACAAAAAAUCAAUAAUGAAAAGUCCAAGAAUGAAGAUCAGGUAAUAGAAAAAGCAUUAACAAAUGCAAUCGGUGCUGUUGAAGUAGUGUUGCAAGAAAAAGAGGAAUGGAAACAAAAGAUGCUGGCAAAAUUUUGUUUGAUAUUGAAUGAAAAGAAAAAUAAAAUAGCUAAGUUGGAAAUGGAAAUAGAAAAUUUAUGCAAAGGCGACCGGCGUAACAGUAAUGCACAAAUGGAUAUUCAAGACAAUGAGCAAGAUUCCAGUGCAGAUGUGCAAGAUAAUAGUAGUGAGGAUGAUUUCAAUGCUGCAACGCAACGGCUUACACCUCCAGCGACAGAAACAUUAUAAAAACCUUUAUAAAACUAUAUACAAUAACGUAGCUUAAGUUGAAUUAUAAAUACUUUAAAAUUUAUAUCUGUAAGUUGCUUUAUUCGUUGUAUUUACUUUAUUGUAUGUUGUUGUUUGUAUUUGUAAUUAGUAUAAAUGUAAAUAUAUUUAAUUUUUUAUAAGAA